AUGGCUGCCUCAGCUUCCAUGCAAUCAAUCCUAGCAAACUCAGUGGUUUAUGGAGCUGGAAAGAGUGGAUCAGUGAGAGUGAGCCACCUGGUUCCUGCUAAAUAUGCACCAACAUCCCACAGGUACCCUCAACUGAGGGUACGUUCCAUGGCAGAGAAUGGUCAGGAAGAGCAACCAUCUACAACACCAGAGGCAUCUAAAAUUCCUCCACCACCCCCUACACCUACUCCUUCUCCUAAGCGUAGUCCUAAGGUUAGCACAAAGUUCUCCGACGUGUUUGCAUUCAGUGGGCCAGCCCCAGAGAGGAUCAACGGCAGGCUUGCAAUGGUGGGGAUAUCCGACGGUGGAGUGUCCUUGUUCCUUGCCACAAGCAUUUUGCUAUCGGUGGCAUCUGUGAUUCCUCUGUUCAAAGGGGUGAGCGUGGAGUCGAAAUCAGAUGGGAUAAUGACUUCAGAUGCUGAGCUGUGGAAUGGAAGGUUGGCCAUGUUAGGCCUGGUAGCUUUGGCCUUCACUGAGUUUGUGAAGGGAGGAACCCUAGUGUAG